CAUUUCCACCACAAUUCAUGCAAUGUCACCUUUUUCCCUUUCAUCUCUCCAAAACCAAGAAGAAGAAAAAAAGAAACACUACCCUUUCAAAAGAAUAAAGAAAAUUUAAAAACCAAAAAAUUGUGAGAGUGAAAGAGAAAAUGGGUUCAUAUACCUUCUUCUCUUCCAUUCUCUAUUUUUUCCUCCUAGCUACAUUGGUUUCUUCUUCACCGUUCCUCUCCGAUGAUAUAUUUGAUAAUGGGGCAUCUACUGGCCGUGCCCUCCUACAAGCUAAGAAAGCUUGUGGAGUUGAUUUUGAGAACCAAAACUACACAAUCCUAACAAGCCAAUGUAAAGGACCACAAUACCCCCCAAAGGUUUGCUGUGAAGCAUUCAAAGAAUUUGCUUGUCCAUUUUCAGAUGAAAUCAAUGACAUGACAACUGAUUGUGCUACAGUUAUGUUUAGUUACAUAAAUAUCUAUGGAAAAUAUCCACCUGGAUUAUUUGCUAAUGAAUGCAAAGAAGGGAAAGAAGGUCUUGAUUGUAGUCAAGUGAAAUCAACCAAUAGUUCUAAUAACCCUUCUACCUCUUUUCAUGUGGAUGCUCCUCACUCUAUGUUCAUCAUUUCAAUUGUUGCUUUCUUUGGAUUUAUUUUCCAUUUGUUCUAAAGGUUCAUAUAAUGCCCCCUCUUGUAUUAAUUGAAUAAAUAAUUAAUGUUUUUGAACAUUCAUUUGAGUUAGAUA